GGAAGCAGGGAGAACGGAGGAUUGAAGAGGUGGGAACCCUGGGGAGGUGGUGGUCCGGAGUCUAGGCGACGGGGCGAGACGGGGCCGGUAGGUGGUGGGAGGGGGCCCAGCCGGAGCCGGCUGGAGGGCCAGGCCCGGAGGCCCCCACCCUGGCGUACCUGCCCCGGCCGCGGCUGAGAAGGAGGCGGAGGAGGAGGAUGAUCUCCAGAUACACUCGGAAGGCCGUGCCACAGACCUUGGAGCUGAAAGGAGUAACAAAACAUGCUCUUAAUCAUCAUCCCCUUCCAGAGCAACUGGAUGAAAUUUCCUCUACUAAUGAUAGCCGAAAAGAUACAAGUUCCCAAAGUGAGUCUGACAUCACGCAAGAAUCACCUUUUACAUCAGGCAACACUGGGAAUUCAAGAUCUGCUUUUCCAAGUUAUACUGGCACAGGGAUCUCUACAGAAGGCAGCUCAGACUUCUCCUGGGGAUAUGGUGAACUUGAUCAAAAUGCCACUGAAAAAGUCCAGGCCAUGUUCACAGCCAUUGAUGAGCUCUUGUAUGAGCAGAAGUCAAGUGUGCAUACAAAGAGUCUACAAGAAGAGUGCCAACAGUGGACAUCUAGCUUUCCUCACCUCAGGAUUCUGGGUAAACAGAUAAUUACUCCAAGUGAAGGUUAUGGAUUAUAUCCUAGAUCCCCUCCUGCUAUUUCAGCUUCACAUGAAGCAGCCUUGUCUCAGGAAAGAGAUUCUACAAUAUUUGGUAUAAGAGGAAAGAAGUUACAUUUUUCAUCUUCUUAUGCUCAAAAUGUGUCUUCCAUUGCCAAAUCCCCUGGCUUGUGUGCUGUGGAAAGUGAAGAGGACUGUAUAAUCUUCUCAGAAGGAAUAAUCGAGGAAUACCUAGCUUUCGACCAUACAGAUAUGGAAGAGGGAUUUCAUGAAAAGAAAUCAGAAGCAGUGACAGAAAAACAGAAAUUAGGGUACCCUCCCAUUGCUCCAUUUUACUGCAUGAAAGAGGAUGUUCUUGCUUAUGUGUUUGACAAUGUGUGGAGCAAAGUUGUGGACUGUAUGGAGCAGUUGACACGUAGUCACUGGGAGGGAUUUGCUUCUGAUGAUGACAGUAAUGUUGCAGUCACCAGGCCAGAUUCAGAAAGUCCCUGUGCGCUGAGUGAACCACAUCCUUUGGUGUUACCUCGAGUGCCACAGUCCAAAGUGCUGUCCGUCACCUCAAAUCUGAUGAGUCUCUGUCAAGCAAGUGGUCAUCAGCCAAAUGCGAAUGGUCUCUUGAUUCAUGGGAUGCCUCUACAGCCAAGAAAUCUCUCCCUAAUGGACAAGCUCCUAGAUCUUGAUGACAAGCUACUUAUGAGGCCUGGGUCCAGUACCAUCCUUUCAACCCGAAAUUGGCCAAACCGAGCCUUGGAGCUUAGUACAUCAUCUCUGUCAUAUACAGUGCAGUCUGCCAGGAGACGUAAUCCCCCACCACGUACCCUUCAUCCAAUCAGCACAAGCCACUCACGCACCGGAACACCAAGACCUGUGGAAGAAAUCCUCAGAGGAUCAAGAGUCCCAUUGGCAGCUGAAUCACUCUCCUCUCCCUCACCAAUGCCCCUGAGUCGAAAUAAUCUGCUGCCACCUAUUGGCACAACGGAAGUGGAACACCUGAGCCCUGUGGGGCCACAAAGACAAAUGAUGAAACCCCAUGGUGAUUCCAGUCGAGCUCGAAGUGCAGUGGUGGAUGAGCCUAACCAUCAGCAGCCUCAAGAGAGGCUCCUUUUACCUGACUUCUUCUCCAGGCCCAAUACAACGCAGUCAUUUUUGCCAGAUAAACAAUAUCGUCGUUCAUAUGCAGCUGAAUAUCCUCAUCAAGCCCGACCUAGUAGGGGAUCUGCAGGUCCUCAGUUACAUGCGUCUACAAAAUCUCAAAGCAGAGGUGGACCAAUCUCUAGAACCAGGCAGGGACCAUAGGGCAAAUGAGAAGAACCUACCAGGCUGCAGCGAACAUAUGGGAAGAUUUCAUGAAUCAGUGUUCGACCAUCAAAUGAUGGAGAGCUUGUAUACAAGAUCAACUAGAAUCCAUCUUCAUGAAGAGUUAUUGUGGUACAACUGAUUG